UUCACACUAUUUACCAAGCAACAAUACAUUUGGUGGUGAAUUCCAUUCUCAGCCUAUGCACUCUCAACCAGCAUAUUCUUAUUAUCCGGAAGAUGAAGUGCAACGUUUCUACAAAUGGUCCUCCCCACCAGGAAUAAUCAAGAUCAUGUCAAUUCUCAUACUAGUCAUGUCUAUUGGGGUCUUUGCUUGUAUUGCUUCUACUCUGGCUUGGGAUAUGGACAUGUAUGGAACUGGUUUAGGGUAUUCUGGCUAUGGAGGUUUUGGAACCGGCUAUGGUGGAUACCUUGGCGGCAGUAGUUUUGGAAAUUAUGGUGGCUAUAAUAGUGGAUAUGGCCUUGGAGGAAAUUACAUUGAUCCACGAGGAGCAAAAGGCUUUAUACUUGCAAUGGCAGCUUUUUGCUUUAUUGCUGGAUUGAUAGUUUUUGUGAUUGGUGUUACAAAGACUAAAAUGGCCAGGACAAGGAAAUAUUAUCUCUUUGUGAUAAUAGCAAGCUCUAUAUUGCUCUUCUUGAUGUUCAUUGCUACAAUCGUAUAUACACUAGCAGUCAACCCCACUGCACAGUCUUCUGGAUCAGCGAUGUACAAUCAGAUUUAUAUGUUGUGCAGCCAGUUUUACACACCUGCAACUACUGGGCUCUACGUGAAUCAAUACUUAUAUCACUACUGUGUGGUGGAACCUCAGGAGGCUAUUGCCAUUGUGUUAGGCUUCCUGAUUGCUGCAGCUUUGGCUAUAAUAAUAUUUUUCGCAGUAAAGACCCGAAGUAAAAUUGGUUAUUAUGGCAAAAUGAGUAUACUCUGGGAUAACGCAAAAGUUUAUGAUGAAACUCCUAAUGUAGAAGAAUGGGUUUAUGUGUUUGUCAUGGACCAACAAUCUUUUGUGGAAGUCAUAGCAAAGGCUUUGUAA